AUGACCCCUAGGAGCACCCAAAAGCCGAAAACCGUCAUCCUCCAACGAACUCCGUCCUCUUGAAUAAAGACAGAUACAGAAACUCAGACAGAAGCCAAUCCAUAUCCGUACGGAUCACUCUCUGUGUUCCUGGAACCUUAAUUUCUGGGUAUUUUGUUCUAUUUCGAUACACUUCCGUAAGCUUAUGUUCCAUCUUGAGGUUAAUUAAUUGCUGUUUUUUUUCUUUUUUUGUGUGGUUAAGCUUAAGUUUCAAUAGACAUGGAGAAUGUUAUCUUCUACUGUGUUGCAGUUUCAGUUCUCCUCUUUCCCCUUCUCGUCGUCCUCAGAAAUCUUGCUCCCAAGCACACAAGAAAGCCACCUCCGAGCCCACUUGCUCUUCCGGUAAUCGGUCACCUUUACCUGAUCAAGAAUGCUCUGCACCACUCCCUCGCCUCCUUAUCCGCCAAAUACGGCCCCGUUCUGCUCCUCCGGUUCGGUUGCCGGUCAAUCCUCCUCGUCUCCUCCCCUUUCGCCGUCGAAGAGUGCUUCACCAAGAACGAUAUUGCCUUUGCCAACCGGCCCCGGACCAUGGCCGGCGACCGGCUGACUUACAACUACACCGCCUUCGUGUGGGCCCCGUACGGCCAACUCUGGCGGCUCCAGCGCCGGUUCGCCACCGUAGAGCUCUUCUCCGCCGCCAGCCUCCAUAGGUCAUCUGUCAUCAGGGAAGGAGAGGCCCGGACUCUAGUCAGGGCCCUGUGUAGACUCUCCGAGACCACCGGAAGAGCACCCGUUGACUUGAAGAGCCUUGCGGCGACGUUGACUUUCAAUUCCAUGAUGAGACUCGUCGCCGGAAGACGGUGCGUGGAGGAGAAAGACGUCGGGAGGGCGAAAGGGAACGAAAUCGUCAAAGGGCUCAGAGGAAUUUUCUUUGCCAGUUUAUCUGUGAUGAACACUUGUGAUUUCUUCCCUGUUUUGAGGUUUCUUGGCUACAAAGGGAUGGAGAAAAAGCUGGUCUCUUUCCACAAGAAGAGGGACGAGUUCUUGAGUGGCAUGCUGGACGAAUUCCGGCGACAGAAAACAAAACUGUCCGAUUCCGGUGGUGCCGAUGACGGGGACGACAAGUCGCUGAUUCAAACACUAUUGUCUCUGCAAGAUUCGGAGCCUGAGUUCUAUACAGAUGAUCUUAUCAAGAGCACCAUACUGAUGAUGUUUGUGGCAGGGACCGAGACAUCAUCAGCAACCAUAGAAUGCGCAAUGUCGGAGCUGCUAGCCAAUCCGGAGGCGAUGCGGAAGCUGAGAUCAGAGAUAGACAACGUCGUCGUCGUGGGACGACCCGACCAACAACGGUGUUUGGUAAAGGAAUCCGAUCUUCCCAAGCUACCCUACCUGCGGCGCGUGGUGAAUGAGACGUUGAGGUUGCACCCACCGGCGCCGCUUCUCUUGCCUCACUGUUCGUCGGAGGAUUGUGUCAUCGGGGGAUACGAUGUUCCAAGGAACACAAUCUUGAUGGUCAACGCUUGGGGUCUUCAUCGGGACCCGGCGGUGUGGGAGGAGCCGGAGAAGUUCUUGCCGGAGAGAUUCGGAGCAACGGAGGAGGCGGAGCUCGGUGAGAACGGCUGGAAGUUUCUUCCGUUUGGGAUGGGCAGGAGGGCGUGCCCCGGAAAUAAUAUGGGGUUGAGAAUGGUCAGCCUCGCUUUGGCGGCUUUGGUUCAGUGUUUUGAUUGGGAAAUUGAUGAUGAUGAUGAUGGGAGUAUGGUAGCCAAGGCGAAGGAGGCGGGGGCGGUUUCGUCUUGGUGUUGACCCGGCAGACCACUAAGCAUCUGGUGGCGGUGUCCACGCCUCGAUCAGAUAUAUGUAACGCGUGUACGUUUUUUUAAAUUGAGUUCUUAUGAUUCCAAAGAUAAUUCUUAUGUUUAGGAAAUGGAUUCGCCCUGAUUAAAUAUCAAAAUAAUGAUGGAUAAUUUAU